CACAUGUCAUAGCAGAGCACCUUCCUCAGUUAUAAUGGCUGAUCGUUGUUGACGUGAAAUUAAAGAAUCAACAGGUGAGAGAGUACCUAACUGGAUCAUUGAUGUCGCCAAUAUAUACCAGUUAUUGGAAAUAUAUUUACAAGAGUUAUGCCACCCCGAAAAGGUAGUAAACAGAAAACUGAGAAACGAACGAAAAGUACUCAAGGUAACGCCAUCAACAAUGAAAAUGACAUUAAACAGGUCAAAUUAUCUAAGGAUCGAGCAGCAGAUUAUGGCGUAAAUAGCGAAAGGAGGAAUGAUUCACAAACUGUACAGAAGCCAGCAAAGAGAAAAAGAGGUGAUGACAAGAAGGGUAAUCCAGUUCCGAAGGGAGAAACAGAAUUGUCUAGGGAUAAUAAAGGUAAUAUUAAUGUGUCAAAAACACCUGGAGGUGAAACUUCAGAGCACAAUGAGGAAACUAACAAAAAGGGGAGGAAGCGGAUCACACAAUCUUCUGGAAAAAGUAAGGAUGAACCGAAAGCAAAAAAAGGGAGAAGAAAGCAAGCUGAAACUGUUGAAAUUCAGAGAUCUGCAAAGAGGACAAGAACAAAGAGAACAUUAGACAAAGUUGCUGAUGAGAGUACAAUUAAAAGCAAGAUCAAGAAAGAAGAACAAACAGAGACUACUGGUAAUGUAAAAACUGAAGCUGUCCCAGAGAACGACACGAAGAAUUUGUCAGUGAGUGCAAAGAACAACACGAAAAAUUUGUCAGUUACGAUUAACAAUGACAAUGAUGUUGAUGAUGUGGGUGUGAUGUCAUCAACUGAUGAUGAUGAUGUUGAUGAUGUUGGUGUGAUGUCAUCAACUGAUGAUGCUGAUGAUUUUGAACCAGUAACGAAAAAGUUAAAGGUCCCAUUACAAACAAAUAGAGUUGAAAGAAGAUCAGCAAAAGACCAAAAAAGCAUUGUAAAAGAGUCUCUGCCAAUCAUUCAAAAUGUCACUGAGAAGACCAAGAAAAAGCCUGUUGGCAAAGCACAAAAAAAAUCAAAAGACAAUGUGAAUUUGGGUACCAAAAUUAAAAAUACUCGUCAAAGUAAAACUUCCUCAUCAAAAAAAGAGAAAACGAAUAAACACUCCCAUGAUUCUGCCACUGAAUCUCAAACUCCUGUCAUCACUAAAACUUGCCCAACCAAGAGUGUUCAUUCAGAAAAAGCCACUAACUGCCAUGGAAGUGCACAGAAAAUUGACCAAUCAGAUGUAAUGUCUGUUCUUCUUCACAUGGAGGGGGGAAGUGACAUGGCUGGUCCAUCUGUGCCGUGUUCAAGGGAUUCAGGGAGUGAGGAGGGUAGUGUGGAGGACAGCGAGGAAGACUCAGACUGGGAAGAGGUCAAAGAUCUUGGAGGCAGCCCUCAGAAAUCCCAAAUUCCAAAAGACCCGGUGGAAGUAAUUCUGGAGGCUCCAAACUUCCUCAAGAAAAGAAAAAAGAAAGGGUUUGACUGGAAGGCGUACGUUCAGAGACAAAUUAAUCGAUUCAACAAAGAGCUGACAGAAGAUAUUCAUAAGGUACAUCUGAUGUGUUUGUUAAUGAGGGGUCGAUACCUGAACCAGGUGUGUAACAAUCCAGUCCUGAGGGGUGUUGCGUUGUCUCUUGUGCCCUCUGAAAUGUCCAAGGUCACAGUCAAAAAGUUUGAUGUCUCAGCCCACACCCGCUUAAUGAACUGGUUCAGGGAGGCAGUCAGUAUUGAUCUCCAACUAGCAGAAGAUGCCCAGUCCAACCUGGUCCAAAGUCUUAUAAAAGGAAUGGAGACAAGAAAAGUUGCCAGCCCACUGGAAUAUGUUCUGGUAUACCUCAUCAUGUUACGGUGCCUAGGUGUGAGGGCUAGACUGGUGACCUCAUUGCAGCCCCUCCCCCUUAAAAACACCAAAAAAGUAGAAAAUACAAAGAAAAUUAACAUCAAAGGCAACCCUGCCACAAUCAAGAAGCCCAUCAAAUCAAAGUCAGAUUCAAAAGCUGAAGGAAAGUUGGACACAAAAUCAAAGAAAAAAGGAACUGCAGGCAAGAAAACAGAGAAACAGAGAAAGAAACAAAAGGCAAGCAAACCAGAUAGUGUGUCACAUGCCUCAAGUACUCUCAAAACCAAAAACAAAAAUCUCAGGAAGCGUGGCUCCAAAGUGAGGCCAGACAGUUACCAUGACAAGAGUGAUGUUGAUGACUCAGAUGAGGACUUUGAGCCAGAAAAUGUUAGUGAGAGCGAACCAGAGGUUGAUGAUAGCAGAAAAAGAAAGAAAAAAUCUUUAAGCAACUCUGUCAAGUCAAGCCAAUCACCUGGCAGAUCUGAUGAGGAUUCUGAUUUUAUGGAGGAGAUGGUACAAUUCAGGAGCCCAGUCAGAAAACCUCAGUCGGGGGAGAAAAAGAACAGGAAAGUCUUAUCAUCUGACUCAGAGAGUGAAUCCACUGCAUCGAAUCAUGGUUGUGAUGAAUGGGUGGAAGUUUUUAUUGAAGCAGAAAAAUCUUGGAUUUGCAUUGACUGCAUACGAGGACACGUCAAUCGACCUUAUCGUAUAGAGAGUGCAGCCACUCAGCCUGUUCAUUAUGUGGUGGCCUACAAUGAAGAGGGUGAAUGGAAAGAUGUGACAGCGAGAUAUGCCUCUAAGUGGAUGACAGAGACCAGAAAGCUACGGGUGGAUCCAGAGUGGUGGAGCGAGACCCUUGGUGUGUUCAGGUGUGAGGAGGACAGCACGGAGGAUGAGGAGAUCAAAGCUAACCUGAUGAAGCGCCCUCUACCCACCAGUGUUUCAGCAUACAAGAGUCACCCAUUAUAUGCACUUAGGAGACAUUUAUUGAAGUAUGAAGCCAUUUACCCAGAAACGGCAGCACCUCUCGGUUACAUAAGGGGAGAACCAGUCUAUGCCAGAGAAUGUGUGCACGAGUUACAUUCACGUGAAAACUGGUUGAAAGAAGGAAGAGCUGUUAGGAUUGGGGAAGAAGCCUAUAAAAUGGUGAAAUCAAGAGCAAAAUGGAAUAAGCCUAAAGUGGAUCCCGAGGCAUUGGAUCUGGAACUGUUUGGAUUGUGGCAGACAGAAGAGUAUAUUCCUCCACCUGCUGUAGAUGGAAAGGUUCCCAGAAAUGCCUAUGGCAAUAUUGAACUCUUCAAGUCCUCUAUGUUACCAGCUGGCACUGUGUAUCUCAAAGUUCCGGGCUUGAAUAAGGUGGCCAAGAAGUUGAACAUGGACUGUGUGCCGGCCAUGGUGGGCUGGGAUUCCCACUGUGGAUUCUCCCAUCCAGUGUUGGAGGGGUUCGUGGUGUGUGAGGAACAUAAAGACAUUCUCCUGGCCGCCUGGGACGAGGAACAAGAAAUCCAGAAACAGAAGGAGGCAGAGAAAAAAGAGAAGAGAGCAGUAGGAAACUGGAAACUGUUGAUUAAGGGCCUGCUGAUCAAAGAAAGAAUUAAGAAGAGAUUUAACCUGAUGGAAAAGGAUGAAGAACAAGACACUAAGCAAAAGCCAAAAGGCAAGAUUGCAACUGAUGCAGAAAAAUCCUGGCCACGAAAACAUCAGCAGUCCAAGAAGUUGUCACACAGUCAGGAAACCAUGUAAAAAGUGUCUGUCAGGAAACCAUGUAAAAAGUGUCCAUCAGGAAACCAUGUAAAAAGUGUCCAUCAGGAAACCAUGUAAAAAGUGUCUGUCAGGAAACCAUGUAAAAAGUGUCUGUCAGGAAACCAUGUAAAAAGUGUCCAUCAGGAAACCAUGUAAAAAGUGUCUGUCAGGAAACCAUGUAAAAAGUGUCCAUCAGGAAACCAUGUAAAAAGUGUCUGUCAGGAAACCAUGUACGGUAAAAAUUGUCCGUCAGGAAACCAUGUAAAAAGUUUCCAUUAGGAAACCAUGUACGGUAAAAAAGUGUCCGUCAAGAAACCAUGCAAAAAGUGUCCGUCAGGAAACCAUGUAAAAAGUGUCUGUCAGGAAACCAUGUAAAAAAUGUCCGUCAGAAAAACUCCCAGAAAAACUUGAGCAGAAAAUCCUGGCCACAAAAACAUCAGCAGUUGGAGAAGUUGUCGCAGAUAUAGAGUCAGGAAACCAUAUGAGAAGUGUCAGUGUCCGUCAGAAAAAACAAACAAACUUAAGCAAUAGACUCAGGAAUAUGUUAAAAACCCUUACCUACAACUACUCAGGAUGUUUGUUACACUACAUUAAGUAGAAAUUGCUAAAUCUUCCAAUUCAUGCUUAAAAGAGCACAGGUAAAAAAAUGGAUGCAUGGCUUCUGUAAAUAUUGACCAUUUUACUCUCCAAGAAAUGACAGCUAUAGAAUCAUUGAAGUAUGUGUUCAUGGUUCCAUGAUUCUUUGAAAAACUUAUGCAGUAUGUUACAAUAAAAUAUAAUAUUUUUA